ACGUAGCAAUCGGCGAGCUCUGUGAGUGAGUCUGUGUUUCUAGUUCGUACCUGAGGUUCCCUGUCCCCAGGCCCCCGGCCGUCACACCCGGGUUUCGAGGUCGCCCCCUAAGUUAAAAUCUCUGAAUCCGCUCGUCCGUCUCGCUGUGAGUUCGUCCCUUUCGCGCCGUCGCCAUAGACGUCCCGAGUCCUGCGGCUCCGUGCGGUCUGGGAGUCUGCGUCCGUUUCCGGUUAAAAUCUCUCUGAGGCAGGUGCCGGUCCCGCCUUUCCGCCUUCGGUCCGCGUAGACACCGACCGCCAGCCCUGUCGUUUUCCUGCUCAGAACGUUUCUCUGACGCCCCACUCCCCUCCCCCCGCCCAACCGCGUGGUCCAGUCCUCGCUCAGGAGAAUAAUCUAACCUGAGAGUCUCAGAGGAAGAGGACAGAAGGAAGGAAUGGCUCUUUCCAAGGGACGGUUGACCUUCAAGGAUGUGGCCAUAGAAUUCUCUCGGGAGGAGUGGGAAUGCCUGGACCCUGCUCAGAGGGCCUUGUACAGGGAUGUGAUGUUGGAGAACUACAGGAACCUGCUCUCCCUGGGUGAGGAUAACUUCCUUUCUGACGUUGGAAGAAGAGGAGACACCAGGAGUGCGCAUGAACAGAGACAUGGCCAUGGAAAGCACAGCGAGGAGACAGCUGUCUGCAAGCCAAGGAGAGAGGCCUCAGGGGUUAUCAGUCCUGUCAGCACCCUGUUCUUGGACUUCUCACCUCCAGAUUUGCGAGAAAAUAAAUUUCUCUUAUAUAAGCAUUCCAGCCUGUGGUAUUUUGUUAUGGCAGCCCUAGAAGACUAAUACCAAGUCUAUUUAUCUGAUAUGUAUAUCACCAUGCUACUUGUUUAACUGGUGAAAAUUACAUGGAAAUUAUUUUUCCUUUUUUUCUAUUUAAUCUGUAUAUUUCAGCUAUAUAGCUUGAAAAAGUAUCUAACUGAAUAUACUAAAAUGUGUUUGACAUUAUCAGGAGCAGUUAGUCUAUUUAUGUCCAGUAUAAUAACAAAUGUAUUUUGAUUGAAUUUGCCAAUUCAUCGUGUGUUCUUCAUUAGA